AUGUCCCUACCUCGUCGAGCACCUGGGCGUCCGGCUAGAGGGAAACCCAGCUUCAACAGACCCAGUGUCCAGAGGGUGUCAGAGCCGUGGAGCGCAGACACGGCGGUUUAUAUAUCGUCGCGGACUGGGGAGCAAAGGUCAGAAGUCGUGAACAUCAGCAGAAAACGCAAACGCAUAGAGGAGCCACAUAACUUGCACCAGGAUCCUGCGCGCCAAUCAUGGAUUCCAAAUCAGCCCGACUACGCCCAUGAUGAUUCUGUCGAGUCAUUCAAUGACACUGGUUUGGACGCGGUAGAUGACGCAGAGACGGACGUGGAGGAGGAGGAGGAAACCAAUACUGAGACCCAGAAGACAGGCCGCAAGAUCUACAAGAGCACGUCCGAUCCCAUGUCCCUAUGGCGACCACGAAUGUCAUUCUUCCUGGAUGAGCUCCUGCGCCACGAAGGACUAGCAGACUCGUUGGACAACACACAAUGCAGCGUCUGUAAGGUGGGACUGGAGAGCCGAUCGGCAUCCGGAUGUGACAAGACGGAGGUCGUUACAGCAGCACGCAGAGCUGGCAAGGAAGAAGAUGAGGGGGAGGAGAGCAAAACGCGGAAUGCACCCCAGGACGAGCUGAAGCACGGCAUUUUCAAGUGCCUGCACUGUGGGGUGUUCCUACAGUGCAAGGAGUGUCUCUUGGCCCGGCAUGCGACCACUCCGCUCCACGUAAUCAAGGAGUGGAAUGGAAGUUGGUGGCAGAAGACCUCACUGGCAGCAUUGGGACUCGUAUAUCAGCUGGGCCACGGAGGGCUGCCAUGCGUGUUUCCAGCGGGAAAGGUGCAGCAGCUGGUGGUCAUACACGCGCCGCAUGUCCACGAAAUACAGAUGCGGUAUUGCAAGUGCGCCAAGUCCGACCACGCAGAUAAGGUUCAGCAGUUAUUACGAAAUGGGUGGUAUCCGGCUACGAACAUCGACCCGGGCACUUGUGCGACAUUCGAAACGCUCGAGUCAUUCCGUCUGUAUCAGACCAUCAGUAACAUGAACGCCAGGGAUUUCAUGACCUCGCUGGAGCAGAUGACAGAGGCGAGCGCGAAGACCGGCAUGAAGAAGACGGUGGACCGCUACAAGCAGCUUCUGAGGAUGUCGCGUCAAUGGGCGUUUCUACUGCGCUUGAUGCGGGCGGGUCGGGGGCACGAUCCGUGCGGGGUGGAGAGUACCAACCAGGGAGAAUGUGCGGUCAUCUGUUGGGCAUGUCCUCAUGAGGGUCGCAACCUGCCCAAAGACUGGAGGGAUGUUCAUCCAUCGUUUCGAUUUAUCUUCAUGCUGCUAUUGGCGCUGGAUGCCAAUUUCAGACUGAAGAACAGGAUCCGAGCAAAUGAGAUAGAGGACAAGUCUCUGGGUCCGGGAUGGGGAUACUGGGUCCCCCCUGACCCCUACGCGACCCACUUGAAGAACUACGUUAGCGAGGAUGACACCAGCACAUGUAUCGCGUUCGCGGCACUCCUCCAGAAGGACACUUGUCUCACUACUGGGCUCCGCAUUUCAGGAGUUGGAGGAUGUGUCUGCGCCCGCCAUGAAUGCAUGCGGCCGAACGGAAUCGGCGAUUUGCAGAAGGGCGAGCGGUAUGCGAACAUGGACUUUAUAGCAUUCUCGGCACUUGCAGGCUUUGGUCUGCUGUGGCUCACGCUCUCGUACGAUAUCGGAUGCCAGUGGAACAAGAACCUCGAGGAUCGGAUGAAGCGCCUGCCAUCCGAGCUACAUCUGCCGCUCAAGGAUUUGGAGGUCCAAUGUGGGCUUCCUGUAUGGCAUGCAGCAUCCCACAACAGCGAGUGCCAGAACGCGAAUAGCCUGUCUUUCAAGCCGGGUGUCGGGAAGACGGACGGGGAGGGGAUCGAGCGAGUGUGGUCGACGCUGAAUCCGACUGGAUAUGCGACAAGGACGUCAUCGCUGGGAUCGAGAGCGGAUGUACUGGAGGAGAAGAUAGACCAUAACAACUUCAUGAAGAACCUGGGACUGGCACAGACGCUGCCAGCACGAUUGAAAGUUGCUGAAGCCGAGCGCAAUAUCCAAGUCCAUGCAUUUGAGGACAUCAGCUUGACCGUACCAAAAAGCGUGAAGGAGGAAUGGCUUGUGGGAAUUGAGGCGUGGCUGCUCGACAACACCAAACCCAAUCCAUAUGUGCUGGACACUGCUCACUGUAUAUCCGAGGGUCAGGUUAGGUUGGAUGUACGCAAGGAGGAAGAACGUUUGAUGGCCGAGGGACGUUUGCUGCUGAAAGGGCAGAGUGCUACAUCUUUCCUGACGGCUGGAAUACAGAUAGAGGAUGCACAGCGUCGCAUCCGCCUGGAGCUCGCCGGCACUGUGCUUGUUGCAACAGAUCGAGCUAACCGGAUUGAGGAGUGGAGACGUGCCACGCUCGUCAAGAUUGAGCGCUUCAGGGAGCUGCAGGCGCUGUAUAUGCCGGCGGUGAGGGCCAUCAUACAAGCGUCGGAGUCGGGCGUGGCUCCUCAGGCCGAGAACAUUAAACUGUGGAUGCCCAGCGACAUGCCUGCGUCACUGGGGGACAAUCGAGGAUGUGCUUUGGGGCUGGUAGGGAUGGAAGUGCGUCUGAGGGUCGCGCAGUGCGAGAACAGUCUGGCGCAAGUCCGUGCCCGUCUGCAUGCCAAGCGCCACCUCAUCCUCUUUCGAAACACGAACGUCACGGGGCAGGUGAACUCCACGAAGGCGCGGACACUCAUCGACGAGAUUGGCGAGAAGGUCAACAUCUCUGCUGCUAGGUACAGGGCGGGGCGGGCCGCUUUGGUGGCAUGUGGUCGUAUUUCGUCAUUCGGGCAUUUGCGCGAGCUGGCUCAGGGGGACCUGCAGAUGGAUGGUGUUGCUGUGGUGUCUGAGAAUGACGCCGCCUCCAGCGAUGCGUCGUCUGCCAAGAAGUUGGCAGCUUUUGGCACGGGCCGAGCUCCCCGACACGAUUCUGGCUCCUCAAAGCGAACAAUGUCCUGGAUCUGGACGGCCCCCGGCGCUCUAGACAAGGCAGAGGAGCAGUUGCAUGACUCCAUCCGGAUUGAAUGGGCUCGUGCCCGUGCUCGAAGAGAUCGGUGGUCCGAGGAGGUCAUCAUGCUGAAGGAGGAGAUGCGUCGGGUGUGCGCGUACUUACAGUGGCAGUCAGAGUGGUGGUCGAAGCGGCAAGCUCAGAGGGAGGAUUGGGAGGGUGCUGUGGAGGCGGGAGCCAGGGCAUAUGCCCUGAAGCAGUCGGCAUGGCAUUUGGGUCUGCAUACGAGGCAAACGCAUGGCAAGAGCCAUGGCAUGUGCUACGGGUGCAAGUCGAUGCACCUCAGCGUGGAUGCCAGUCUCAAGAAGCUGCGCACACACUACAUCGACAUCCUGUACCUGCACUGGUGGGACUGGGACACCAGCGUCGAGGAGGUCAUGGACGGACUGCACAACCUCGUGGUGCAGGGCAAGGUUCUGUAUCUCGGAAUUUCGGACACCCCCGCCUGGGUUGUUGCGCAGGCGAACCAGUACGCGCGCGACCACGGAAAGUCGCAGUUUGUGAUCUACCAGGGCGCGUGGAAUGUGAUGGGGCGUGCGUUCGAGCGCGAGAUCAUUCCCAUGGCUCGUGCAUACGGGAUGGCCCUCGCUCCGUGGAACGUGCUGGCCGGCGGGAAGCUGCGCACCGAUGCCGAAGAAGAGGCGCGUCGUGCUUCAGGAGAGAAGGGCCGCGUGAUUUUUGGACCGAAUUGGGAGCGCAAUGAGGACGAGAGGAAGAUGUCCGCUGCUCUGGAGAAGGUGGCUGGCGAAGUCGGAGUGAAGCACAUCACCUCUGUCGCAAUCGCCUACUUGAUGCACAAGGUUCCCUAUGUCUUCCCAAUCAUCGGUGGCCGGAAAAUCGAACACCUCAUGGCCAAUGUCGAGGCUCUGGACGUGAGCUUGACUCCGGAACAGAUUGUCUAUCUCGAGAGCGUCCUUCCGUUCGACCCUGGCUUCCCCAACAUCAUGAUUGGCGAUGGGCAGAAGCAAAGCAAUCUGAUGAGAUCUAUCGCACAUUUCGAUCGUUUGGCUGUUCCCCAGCCCAUUAGCCACGGGAAGCAGUAGAUUUUGUCAAAAAGUCGUUUUGGCAAAACUCGAUGUCUUGAUAUUCUGACAGAAUGCAUCUCAUACAUCAUGCAACGAUCACCCCAGCUCUUUUGAGUGAUCCGCACCAUGAGUUGGCAGAUCUGUUCGCCUUGCUUUUAUGGCUCAUUGUACUCGAAUAAAAUCACUGGCUCAUGGGAAUGCAUCAAAC